UUUAUAUUUAUCAUUUCCAUCUAGUCAAUUUUACAAUUGCAAUUUGAAGCAUGGGGAUAUAAUAUAUAAUAUAAAAUAUCAUAUAUAUUUUUGAAGAAUGACCUUACUUAGUAAGUACCAUUUCAGUAGUAGGACAUUAGGAGUGGUAGUAUUUACUAAUUUUGUAUUAGUAUUAGUUGUAAUAAUGGCUUAAUAAUUUUAAAUAAUUUACCAAAAAUAAUAUAAUAAUGUUUAUUAAUUAAUAAUAAUAUUUUGAAUAAAUGAAAUUUAAAAAAAAAAAAUUAUUAUUAGCCUGCGCCUGCCUAUUUUUUUUUUUAAAUUGUCAUCUGCACAGGCUCCCUCCUGAAGCAUGGACUUGGAAGAGUUUAAGUUUUAGACUGAACUGCUUGAAACAAAUUAAGUUCGUGUAUCAGUUCAGUAUGCCCAAGCCAUGAAAAUGAAUGAAAAUUUAAAGAAAUUGGUAGGUAAAUAAUAGACCUGAAAUCAUUUAGCUGAAAUCAUUUAGUUUAGAUGUGGAUGUAGUGUUUAAAAACACAUAAAUGUAGCCUAAUAUUAAUUAUAUUGAAAGAUGUUAUUUCCAUUGUAUAAUUAACAAAAUACACUAUUAAAUUAUUAAAUGAUAAUUAAACAACCAGUUUACUGAACUCAGCAAAAAAAGGAGGGUAAAAUUGGAGCAAGAGGGUCAUUUUAGUAGUAAAGUAUGCUGCUCACCUCUGGAGAAACAAUGAUGAUUAACCAGGCUCUCCAUGAUGUACAAGAUAAAAAAAAAUGGGCUGGUCAAUUGCUCUAAUAAUAUCAAACAGAAACUUGUCCCUCUCCCCCCUAGACAGCGACGAGGCCAUGACAGGCAGUUCUGGCUCAUAACAGCAAGAACUGCUCAUUCCUGCCAAAGACAAUCAGGGCUGAGGGACUGGAACAAGCUUCCAAAAGGAACAGUUUAGGCUUAGGCAACAACACUUGACAUGACAUGUUUGUGUCUAUUGCCUCAGGCCUUUCAACCCCCUGUUCCUGUUGCAGCCCUUGCAACCAGUGAAAUAUCCUCUUCAAUAUCAGGCACAAAAACUUUGCAAAUCCCCUCUACAUACAUAAGAGCCAGACUGAUCAAUACAUUGAUCCUGGGUCUUAAAAUAUAGAAGAAGAAGAAGUAAUACCUAUGUCCUUGUUGUGUACUAUAUUUUUGGAUGUGGCACCAUCUUUGUUGCCAAGGCAGCAGACACAAAAAACGUUGCACACAACAUGGGGACAAAAAAGAAAGGGAAGUUCACUCAUAUUAUGAACUGUGUCAUGACCCUCCUGCUCCAAUUAAAUCAAAAUUAUAUAAGUUAACAUUUCGGCUGAACCUGUGCAAACCAGCUAAAAGAUAUUCCAGUUUGGAUUCUUAUUUUCUUACUGAACUGAAUAUGAAUUUUAAAUGGCCACCUUUAAAGUAGUAGGCUGAUGAAACUAUUAUUUCCAGGCUGCACUCUGCGUAUAGCUAGUGGUUUUUAACCUCUUAAUUUUUUUUAGGCCCUGCCCACUGAUGCAGUCUGCUCCAAUGGGAGCCUGCUGGCAGGGGUACAGAUUUCCCCAGUUUUUUGUACCGGUAACAGAUAUUAAACUUCCUCAUCCCUUGUUAGUGUCUGUCAAUGGCUAGGCACAGCAUUGGGUGUUGGGUUUACGAUAACAGCUGGCAAGUUGGUAACAAAAUUGUGUCACCAAUGAUGAAAAAGCAACCCCUGUUGAUAACAAUGGUCAGAGGCAGCCGAUUAGCCCUCAUUACUAGGUAGCUUCAUGUCAUAUAAUGUUUAAUGUAGGAGCCAAGAGUGCUCAUUACUGCAUUUACAUAUUAAAUAUGACCAGGAUCAAGGUGGUCAACAGCACUGAGGAAAUCUUCACAAGAGGGUGCCAAUGAAGAUCAACCUACCAGCACUACAGGGCUACUACUUUGCUCCAGGGUGGUGAAAUAGGGGUGGUCAUGGGAACCCAUCCAUUUCUUUGUAGCAGCCAUCCCUUGAUAUAAAGCGACCUUAAUAAGGUAGCCAUGUGUCCAGCAGUAAUGGGGGACGUUCCCUCUCUUGGCUGUGGUAGGUGGGAUAGCAAAUUUGGUUAAUUUGUUGGCCCAUAAGAGUCUAGGUUCAGGCCACCCAUUUUUAGAUUAGAUUUCUUUACACAAAAAAAAUGAAUUAUUAAAAUUAUAUCACCCCAUUUAAGUUCUUUUAAAAGUAGACUAGUGACUAGUAUGUUGCAACACGCUGCUUGAAAUUUGUGUGUACCAUGAGAAUAACUUGGCAUUGCGUUUAACAAUCGCCCGCACCAAGCGCCUAUUAAAAUAAUUAUAUUUUUUGCCGUAGUUUUGUUCCCAUUUUUACUGAGGUAUUAUUUUUAGUCUUUGUGGGAAGUAUUUGUGGACAUUUUAUUAAAAUUAGAUUAACUUAUUAUAAUCCAUAUAUUCUAACUUAAUAAUUUCCUUUGUCAUUGCCUGCUGCAAAUAUUUUAGCUAUAUAUUUAUAAAUUAUUAUUUGCAGUUCACUGCUUUGUAAAUAUUUCAUUUGUCUAGAACAGUGGUUCCCAACCUUUUAGACUCUUAGAGCCUUUUUUAUUAAUCAAAUUUUAUUAGGAAGUCCCUUAGGUCUUCCCUGUGUCUUACAAAUUUCAUUCAAUUUUAUUUCCUGAAUCCGCUGAAAAAGUGCAAACUGAGAACAGGUUGGGGACCACUGCUCUAGAAUGUUCCUUUAGAAAUUUAAAUUUAAAAAAGAUGAUUAGAUGAUGAGAAACUUAGAGAUUUAUUGUAAAGUUCUUAAUUGAAAAUAUGUAAACUUAGAUACAAAAUAGUUCAACUCUUAAAUGCUGUGACUUAUCAUUAGAGGGAUGUAUUUCUUCUCUUGGACCCUGAGGAUGGCUCACUAUUAUCUGCAGAAGAUCAAGAACAUCAAUUGGACCUUAAAGAAAUAUUUGAGUAUUAUAUUCAAUGUUCUAGGCGAUUAUCAGGUAAGGAUUUAUUAUCCUUUUCAAUGUCUUUAUUAUCCAAAUUUUAAUUUUAUAUAAACAGUAUUUAAUAAUUUAAUACAUUUAAAAACAACCUGUGUGAGUUCUUUUUUUAUUUUAACAGGUUGAGUUUGCUAUUCAUGGACAAAAUAAUUAGUAUCAUAUUUUUCUGAACUGAUUUGCUAGAAUUUUCAGCACCAUGUAGGAUAAAAGUUUUUAAACAUGUGUUUUUGAAAUGCAGUCUUCUUGUAAUAUUAUUCUCUGUCCUGUUGCCCUGAGAGAUUUUCAUUGAAUAGAUACUUAUUAUUUCAUGCUGUAAAUAUUUCCUUGCAGAAUACCAUCAAUUACAUCACACCAAUCAGAGUAGAUGCAAUUUCAGCAACAUUGUGCCUAGAUUUAUGCAACUUUUGAGAGAAUGUGUUUUAACACACCAGUGGCCACAAGCCUUAAAAUUGGCUCUGGCACUAUCUAAAGAAGCAAGGGGCACAGAAACUACUUUGUGGAAGGCUAGUCAAAUUUUUUCAUUUUUCAUAAUUUUUAAAUUCAACGAAUAGUCAUAGCCUGGAAUUAUAUAAAUGAGAAUGUUUGUAUGUUCUUCAUAUAAAGUAUUAAUUUCAACAUUUUCCCAUGCCCAAAUACAAUAAUGGUGGACCCAUGUUAUUGUAAAAAAUACAAGCACAAGUUUAAAAAAUGUGUAGUUUUUUUUUUAAAUAAUGAUCUAUAAAACUCUGUAUUAGGCCAGGGUAUUCUGGUAGUUAAUAUUCUAUACUGAAAUAAUUUUAACCAGAUAUAAGGUUAAGAAUAAUUACACAGCCAAGAUUAUUUCUUUUUACCAAAAAAUCAUUAAAAUUAAUAUAUUUAAAUUGAAUUGAAUACCUUUGAAAAACUUAUCAGAUUGGUCUUACAUGCCUGUACCAGGAGGGAGAGAGAAGCAGGCGUUUUGUCGAACAAUUUGUGAAGUAAGUUAUUUUAAGAUUCUGAACAAAACUGUAUUUUAAGUGUUCACUAUUGACUUUUGCAGUUGUAAAGUGCAAGUAAUUUAACUAUUUUUUGUCUGAAGUACCUAUUUUAAUACAAGUCACUGAGUAAUCAUUGUGUAACAUAUGAAUCUUAUUAUGAAAUCAUUUUUUAAUCAAGACAGUUGUAUAUGCUUCAAAACUUGGCAGUUGUGGAAGUGAUGCUUGAUUUCCUGCUUUUUCUUCUUACUCACUCCAACCUGGAAGAUGCUAAGAAUCUUGUGCAGGUCAAACAAAAAUGUUUCCAUUUAAUUUAUAGGCUGAAAUACCAAAUACGUUGUUUUCUUAAAUUUCACUUUAAAUCUAACAUUUACCUUAUUUGUUAAUAUUAAUUAUACUUAAUCUUUUUAUUCUUAAAAAUAAAAUAUUAACUGUAUGACACAUCAACAGGAGCUCAAGCAAAAGACAUUAUUUCCAAGCCAACUGAUCAAUGAGAGAAGGAAAAUGGCCCACAAACUUUUCUUUGCUUACCAAGGUUUAACUUUGUAUGCUGAGUGGAAAUUGGCGUUAAUGAAGUUAGAUGAAGAGGAAAAUGACUUAGGUAUGGCAAGGCUCCUAAUCCUGUCUAAUCCUGUUAUUUAAUUAAUUUUUGUAUUUUAUCAAGAGACAUCUACAGUAAGAUUUGCUGUAAAAAUUAUCAUUUUAUUGAUGAUUUUAGGAUUUUCCUGCUUUAAUGAUGCAAUAUCAAUAGGAUUUUAUUUAAAGUAUGGACGGUUGAAGAUCAAAUUAAAAGUUACGUGUUUUUCCAGAUUUAAUUUCUCAGAAAUUAUCAUUGGGGUCAUCUACUCGAUCUACCAAAGCAAUUGCGGACAGUGCGGUGGAGUACCUGGUUACUAUAAAAGAUACAUCAGGAGUGUGGGAUAUUUUUAUUACUAGACUUGUAGAGGUAGGUUAACAAAUAAGAAAAAUGUGUAUUAAAGUAUCAAUCAUACAUUUAAUUCCAUGCAUGUAAAGAGGUAGCUUUCAAAUGCACAAUCACAUCACUACAGGUUUUUGUGUUUUUUUAGAAGUUCAACUUAAGUUUCAAAGUUAAUAAAACAGUAUUUUGGUGUUUUCAUUAAUUGCCUAUGUUGUGGCUAUAUUCAAAUAUUUGUAGAAUUGUGUACUAAAACAAUUUAAAUGAAUUCAGACCUGGCUACUCUAAUGAUUUUGGUGUACAAUUUACAAUUUUGAGAUGCUUCUUAUGAUAGUACUUAAUGACCUAUCAGAGCUACGACUUUAAGAGACCUGGUUGAAAAAAUAUAAUUUGGCAGUUUUUAUUCAUUUAAAAUUAAAAAUAAAAACCUUUUUUCGUUGUUAGUUUUAACUACUUUGAACAUCUGGCCGUUGAAUGAACUGAGAAAUACAAUUGUUUGGGGACCAUCCAUAAUUAUAUUACUUAUGCACGGGGGGGGUGGGGGGAUAUUUGUUGACUAAGGAUCAUAGAAGUGUGAAUUGGAGGGGAUGAGGUAUAAUGGUCUAAAUAUUUUUAAAGGCAAUGAAGUAAGACUGCCACUUUUUGUAAUGAUGGUGAUAAUUUUCAUAUUGUUGCUUUGUGUUUUCACAAUGAAAUUGCUAGAUACUGCAACAGUAAUAUUAAUUAUUGUCGCCCUAGUGACAACUUUUUGUUUGCUUCGAUGUUGUAUAACAUGACAUAAUUAUUUCUCAAGUCGGGCGAACUGCGAUUGCAAAUAUAGAGAACCUCUGGAUUUUUUAAUUUUUCUUAGUGCAUUAUUCACUGCUCCCCACUGAAUGUUAGAUUUGACAAAUAUAUAUAAGAAUGAGCUGUGCUGAUCACAUAACGCUAAAAAAUUAUUCAAUUUAAAUACGUUCAUAAUCUUAAACAAAAACGAUAGGAAUUUUCUAUGCUUUUACGGAAAUUGAAUCAAUUUAAAUAUGAUAAAAAUAAAAUAUAUCUACUUACAUUUAAGUGUAUGAUAAGAUAAUCUUUUUAUUAUCAAUAAAUUAACUUUUGUAAUCACAUUUAUUGCGAAAACCCAAACAUCUGGGUUUUUUUUUAAUGGUGUUGUAAAUAUUGCGAAAUUAAAUUAAUUUUUUUUAUUAAAAUAUCUUCAAACAAUAUCAAACUAAGUUUUCAAUUGAACUCAAAGUAAGAAAAAUUAGAGUAAUCUUAUUAGAACUUAAUUUAAACUCGCAAUUCACAAGCUUUAACUUUUGUUGAUUUAAUAAGCACGUGUGACAAAACUGAUAAGGGUUUUCCCCCUUUUAAAAAUAAAUUUAUUAAAUAUAAUUGAUUGAUUUUUGUAGGUUAAAUUUUUAUUGAAGAUACCAAUAUAUCAAAUUCCUGUAAAAUACAUUUGCAUUACUAUUAAGAUUUUUUGUUGUAAAUUUAAGGAAUGUUUUUUACAACUUUCGGAGAGAAAAAAUUGUAGUUCAGGGGCACAAAAACUAAAUAUGUUAGAAAUGUAAACAUCAUCACAUAGAUACUGCUUUUUAAAAUAAGGAAUUCUGAUUAACUAUGUCCUAAAUAUACAUUUCAUGGAAGAGGGAUAUUGUCAUCAAAACCUUUGUCAGUCAUAAAAAUGGGAUUUUUAGGUGUUUAGACUUCACAAUUGCAGGUAGAAAAUAUUGCUAACUUCCUAUUAUUUUUAUCUCAGUUACAUCUUGUCAUAUAUUCUAGUUUUAAAAGAUCUAGUAAGCAGCAGUUGAAAUCUAUUUCUAGAAGUCACAAAGCAGCUGUACAAUUUGAAUACCCCUUGUUUUUCCAGCAUUCUUCUUAUCUUCUCUUAAUAUAGCUUUCGGUAGUUAUUAGACUAUAAUAUGUUAACAGAAAAUAAAAUCAGGGAUGGCCAACCCAUGGCUUGCCACAUGGUGUCAUUAGUUAUUGGUUAUGCUUUAUACAUAAUGAUUGUUUAUUUCUUCACUAUUAUGAUACAGUAUUGUAUUAUUUGUAUGAUUCUUAGUUGAUUAAGUACUAUUCUGAAACUAUAUUUUACUAUUUAUGGAGUUCCAGGGUAAACAGGUCUGAGAACUGGAUGGGAAAAAAGUGUUUUUAUCAAGUUUAUUUAUCAUUUGAAGCACUCAGUUAAUUUUUUUCAGGUUUAUGAAUAUUAUGGAGAAGUAGAGGAAGCUCAAAAAAUUUUGCAUGCCUACAGGGAGAGAAAUCCAACAAAUCCUAAUGCUCAUCGAUACCUUUAUGAAUUAUGCAGUAAUAAUAGUGAAGAUGAGGAUGUCCAGUUAGACUGUCUUAAGGUAAUUGAAAAUAUAUAUAACUGGCUACUUAUAUGCCUUUUUUUUUUGUAAAGGUAAAUGAGCUGCACCAUCGUCUCACAAAAUUGGAUGGAUGCUACCCCGAUGACUCAUUCAUUUAACAGUAUUAACACAUUUAUCACCUAUAUCUGUGGUUGGGGGAGGGGGGGUGCUGAGGGGCUUGGGAAAUGUUUGGGAGCGCUGAGACUAUCAAAGUGGGCGGUGGGUAUUAUAUAAUUUUUAUACACCAAGAAGAGACAAAGACGGUUUGAUUUAUUUUUAAAACAGAUGUAUCAGCAUUUAUCAAUACAGUUAGCAAGGCACUGUGAGCUGAAAACACCAAGUAUUGUAGUUUUAAUUGACUUUAAAAAUGAGUUGCUGAGUAACAAGGAUGAUUUGGAAUACUUAGAAUUUGGCUUGCGUGCAUCAUUUAAUAAAUUUAACGUAUAACAAUGUUAAUUGAUAAAUCGGAAAAUUCAAUGAAGUAUUCAUCCAUUCAGCUUUUAGUGAGGUUCCAACUUUAUAGACACAAAGCUGAGAAAAAGGAGAUUAGAUGUAUGGCAUAGCAAUAUUAGUAUGAGAUGGCAUUUCUACUGGAUGAAUUGACUUUGAAGAAAUUGAAUCUCUUCUUUCGCUAGCAUAUUGUUGUGCAACAGGUGAAAUUUUUAUCAAAACAAUUAAAAAUGUAUGUUUCAUAUUUUAAAGCAGUUCUGUCAACUAAGAAAAAUUCCACUAAAAAGCAUACUAUUGAAACUGAUUGGGCACCAUCAAUGACUGGCUUUAGGUUUCAACAGUUCGUCAUUAUCUUUGUGUCAUUUAUCGCCAACAUCUGGUAGCUAAAAAUUUCAGGCCCUUUAUUACUUCAAAUAAAUAGUGGAACAAGAUAUGUUUAGGCUUGAAAAAAAGACAGAACCAUUAAAAUGUAACUUUCUUUGAGUUGUUCUGUCUUUUUUAAAAGAUAAGACAUAUUUUGUUCCACUAUUUAUAAUUUAUAUACUUCAGUGGAGCGCAGUCUCUCAUAUAUUAUUAAUUAUGGCAGCUAAUUCAAAUGCUUCUCAUUGUGCUGACUCCCAAGACAUCACAUACGACACUGUUUAAUAUAAAUUUGCAGAUACAAUGGAAUGAAACCUGCCUUUUAAAAAUCAAACUUUCUUCCUUACUUUGGAAUACAAAUUAUUAGUCUGUUCAAGCUCAACAUAGGGCUGCUCAGGUUAUGCUGAUUUACCAGCCUGUCAGAAUUAUUUUCAAAACGAUUAUCUGGUAGAGCGAUUCAAGAAUGUCCUUUUGUUGAAGAAAAACAUUGAGUGAAUAAAAGCUUUUUUUUUAUGAUUAAUCUAAUGCCAUUUUUUAAGUAGGGCUUAUUCAUUAAAAAUGAUUUUAAACCAAAGUUUAAAGAUUAGUAUCAAAGGUUUUGCCUGCAGUAUGAGAAUUUAAUUAUCAUAUUUUCGACAGUGGACUACUGCUUGUUGCAUUCUUAUCAUUGUAUUUGGUAAAAGUAAAAGGUGAUAUUAAUCAGAUUUACCGGCUUUGUAUGUAAAACUCUUAAACGGUACCUUAGUAAGAUAAUUAUUUUGUGAUUUAUUCUUUUAAUUUAAUCCAUAAUACAAUAAAGCUUCAUUUUUUUAAAAUGAAUUAUUCAAAUAUAUGUCAUUGUGUAAAUUAUCUUCCAUAGAGGGUCCUGAACAAUUUACUCUUAAAAUGUUUUAUAGUUGCAUUUGACAGAGGGGCGUUGAGGGCCAGUUAAUGGCCCCAGGGGGGAUGUGGCCAAAAAAGUUUGAGACCCACUGAUGUAUAAGAUUUAUGUAGUUUGGCAUAAAUGUAUUGUUCUAAUAUAUCACUGAAGUUGUUCACUUGCUCGUCUAUCAUUUGAAAAUAUUAUUACUUUUCAUAAAUCUAAUGGAAAUGACUUGGCAUAAGAAAAUUUAGCUUUAAACAAAAUCUACCUCGAGGCUGUUUAAAUUAUUUGUUAUAGUUAUUACACUGAGACUUGUAAAUGAGAUCUUCUAAAACUGGUGAAAAUAAAACCUAACUUUUAACUAGACAUUGUUUCCAUUCCUUUGAAACUACCCAUACAAAUUUUUUUUUAAUAAAUAUUUUCCUGACUUUUCAGAGCAUUGUGCAAUUGGAUCCUUGUAAUUCUCUGUGUCUUAAAUUAUAUGAACUUACAGGUAAAUAUUUUGUUUUUACUUUUAAAACAGAAAAAAAUGCAUGUAAAUUUUGUGACGUGAGUGAUUGAGAUUUUACACUGAGUCUAGUUUUGUAUAUAAGUAGUAUAGCUUUGUUUUAUCCGCUCCAAACAGAAGCCAAUGACUCAAGGGCAGUUUCUAUUUUGUUUGACUACCUUGACUUUGACCAUUGUAGUGGCAACGAGGAAGUCUGGGCAUCUCUGGCUAAUAAGUUAGAGCAGAUGCAGAAUGAGUAAGCAUGUUUUAACUUACAUUUUGUUGGUCUGAACUGGGUUUUAAAAUGUUAAAAUUUAAUGUUCAUUACAUGAAUUAAUUGACUUGGUUCCAAGAUUGCAUCCAGAUAAGAAAUUAAAAUAAAAUGUAUAAAUGUUUGUUAGAUAAUCAAAAGUUUUAGGAUUUCAAUCAUUCCAUACACUUUUUGAAAAUGAAAAAAUGGAUAACCUUUUAAAACUUUUUUUUCAGUCUUGAAUUAACAGAGGUUGUAAAAAGUUGUUGGGAAUCACGAAGUGAUUGGUGGCCUGUUGCAAGAUUUCAAGGACAUCAUGAAGUGUUAAAGAAGUGUCAAGCCCAUAUAAAUUGUGUUAAACAAGUAAUGGACAAAUUUGGUAUGUUUCUACAAUACUUUUGCAAUAAUAACUUUUAGUAAUACAAAGUAGUCCUUUGAUAAUUUAUAAUACCGGUAGGUCAUAAAGUACUACAUGUAUUUAUAUUUUUUUUCAGGAACAGAAGAGAAAACCUGAAAUGGCAGAAAGUCAAGGAAUUGCAACAGUCAUUGUAACAGUAUGUUACUUUUGUUCUGCAAGUCAAAGGAUAUGUUUGUUGACUGCAGUAAACAGCAUGAACAAUGAUGAGCAUAAUGAUGAAAAUUGGUAGUAAAUGGAAAAAGGGCAAUUAUUGUUUUAUUUGGUUUUAAAUCUCUGUGUAAAUAUGAAGUGUAAAUAUCUGCAUUGUUAUGUUACUUGUAUA